CAGCUCUGGAGAGGUCACAGCCAGACUUGUCACCCUGGGAACCCACAGCCACCCACAGACCUCCUAAAGAUACCCCCAGUCCUUCCGUACCCCACUGGGCAGUAAAGUGUCUUAUCCAGCAAGAGCCAGAGACUCCUGCUGCCAGACAUCCCUGGGACUCCCGGGCACCCCUACCACCUAGAGGUCCUGGGUCCAAUCACCCUCUAAUGCCCACGUCUCCCAAACCCAGGGCUCCUGCUUCCAACUCUGGACGCGCAGGUACCUUCACCAGGGCCCGGAAGCUGCUGCCUCCAGCUGGCACUCUCCGCAGACUCAGCCCGCAGCCUCCGCCCCUUUACCGGAGCGGAAGUGCCCGCCCCUCCUUCCUGGACUUCUCAUUGGCGGGUCCCGCCCAGGAGCCCGCAGGGUCAGCCGUCCGGAGUACCUACCCGUCUGUUCUCUGCUGAGUCUGUCUUGUCCUGCGUUGAUCUUCCGCGUCGUUAUUCCGGAUUUCGGCCCCGCCUCCUCAGGUCCUCCUCGCGGGGCAGGUCCGCGACCCUGGAGCACGGUGGCUCGGCUUCCCUGACAGUGUGACCUUGGGGCAGGAUGGAGACACAGGAGGAUCCUGUAACAGUCUGAACAUGUCACUGCUGCCCACAUAGGUUUUGGCCAUGAACUCCUCUGGAAGAAGGAAGCAGGAAGCAUCAGGGCUCAGGGAUAGAAGGGCUCACAGAUCCCUAGAAAAGGACAGAGAUGUACAACUGUCCAAGGCUCUGUCCUACGCCCUGCGCCAUGGAGCCCUGAAGCUGGGGCUUCCCGUGGGGGCCGAUGGCUUCGUGCCCCUGGCCGCCCUCCUGCAGCUGCCCCAGUUCCGCAGCUUCUCAGCUGAAGAUGUGCAGCGCGUGGUAGACGGCAAUGGGAAGCAGCGUUUCGCCCUACAGCCGGGAGACCCCAGCACUGGUCCUCUCAUCCGGGCCAAUCAAGGUCACUCCCUGCAGGUACCUGAGUUGGAGCUGAUGCCCCUAGAGACCCCACAGGCCCUGCCCCUGAUGCUCGUCCAUGGAACAUUCUGGCAGCACUGGCCCUCCAUCCUCCUCAAGGGCCUGUCCCGUGGGGGAAGGACUCACAUCCACCUGGCUCCGGGACUGCCUGGAGACCCUGGUGUUAUCAGUGGAGCCCAGCCUGCCAGGUUUAAUAACUGCAACCCAAGACACCCCAAGCCUCAGCUCGUUGUCUCUGCAGGCAUGCGGCCAAAUUGCGAAGUGGCCGUGUUCAUCAAUGGGCCCCUGGCCCUGGCAGAUGGAAUCCCCUUCUUCCGCUCUGCCAACGGGGUGAUCCUGACUCCAGGGAACGCUGAUGGCUUCCUGCUUCCCAAGUACUUCAAGGAGGCCCUGCAGCUGCGCCCUACCCGGAAACCCCUCGCCUUGUCUGAUAAUGAAGAGACAGAGUGUCAGAGUGGGCCCAGGCACACCUCCAGAGGAAGAACAAUGAUCCGACAAUAAAAUAUUUAUUUUAAAAAAAGAAAUGUAAAAAGAUAAAAAAGAAA